UACGCGCCCAUGAUUACACAACUUCCUAUACAAACGAACCUUUUAAUGUUUGUGCACAAAAAUGAAACCUAAACUACUGAACAUCCCUUCAGCAUAGACUGCGUGAUAUCCGAGCUCCGUAUUAUUCAGAGACAUGAACAAAAAGAGAGUACACUUCGCAAAUGAUUCCCACAGAGGAAGAAGACAACGAGAUAAGUUCAUGCCGCUUCCGUAUAGAUGUACCUACGGGAGAAAAUGGCCCCAUGUUAAGCCUACGUUAGAUGCUCAACAGGACCAUAAUCAGCGAGAAUUACCAACAAACAGAGGUUAUGGCUCAAAUUUCAAGACCGUUUUGAAUAUAAUCAUAAAGGAUCUGCAGCCCUUAAGUUCCGUGAAAAGACAUUAUCUCACAAGGACUCUACAAUCCUCUUUAGACGUUCAGUUAAGUGCCUCAUGCAUCCGAAAUGAACUUCAGAACCUUUACAAGCACAAGAGGGUGGAAGUACAGAAAGCAGUCAAUGACGCAAGUAACCUGGCUCUCUCAGCUGAGCUUUGGAGCUCCAGUGAGAAGGUGUUUUACCUGACAGUGUCCUGUCACUUAAUCAGUGAAGACUGGAAUCUGAAAUCGUAUGUGCUAGAUACAGCCCAUUUACUCACCAAGCAUACAGCAGAGAAUGCAGUAGAGCACCUUUUGAGAAUUUCAAACGAGUGGAACAUCACAGAAAAAACUCAGAUUGUGGUCACAAAUAUUGACGGCAUAAAGAAGGCCCAAAAAACUGGAUGCAGAUGGACCUAUAUACCUUGUUUUGCUCAUACUUUGGAUAGAGUUUUCAGAGAAACCAUACAGAGAACCGACUGCGAAUCUCUACUGAGGAAAUGUCAGCGAAUAGUUGCGUUUUUCCACCAAAGCGACAAAGCCUCACAACAUCUCCAGCAGUACUGUGCUUCUCUCAAUCUCAGCCAAAGUGAACUGACUCAGUCCUGUGGUCUAAAUUGGCUUACUACUCUCCAUAUGCUGAAGAACAUCUUAGAGCAGUGGCAAGCCAUUUUUAAGGUUUUUGUCGACAGACGAGUGGAGGAUCUUUGCCUGAGUGAGAAUGAAAGAAAAAUAAUGGAAAACAUUGUGGCAGUGCUGAAUAUUCUAAAGGAUGUCACAAAGGAAAUAGGAAGUCAAGGGUUCAGCCCAAUCUCAAAAAUCAUACCGCAUGUCCAAAAACUGCAGGAGAUGCUGAGAAACAACUGGAUGGCGAGGAAUGAUAUAGCGAAGAUACUGGCAGAAAUAUGUGACUAUCAUAUUGGCAACAUCAAGAAAAACCUUUGGUUUAGAGUUAGCACAGCACUGGACCCGCGAUACAAAACCAGCGUGCUGCAGGACUCUGACAUUGAAGAUAUCACAGCAGAAAUCAGGAAACAGAUCAGAGGAUCUGCAGAGCACUGCAGUCAUGACACUGAAAGUGAAGAGUCAGUCUUUCAGAAGUACUGGAAAAUAACAAACAUUUCAGGGAACACUCUUGAAUUUUGGAAGAGCCAUAAAGAAUUUAAAAAACUGGUAACAGUGGCCCGCAAGCACCUCACAGUGGUCUCCACUGCUAUUCCAGUGGAACGUGUGCACCAGCUGCAAGAAUCACAGCUUGUCGACAGGAGAAACUGUCUGGAGCCAGAAAAUGUCAGUAUGAUCCUGUUUUUGAACAGCAACCAAUGAAGAAAACACAUAUGUACUAUGCAUAUACUUUAUGUAAAUGAUGCUCAGCACUGUAGAUUUUUCAAAUAUGGUCACAAUUUAAAUUUCUUUUAUUAAUCUAUGAAUUAAAAUGUAAAAACAAUUUUUAAAAAAUCUUAAAAUUAUUACCAAAUAAUAUAGUAGACUUCCUUAAAAAACACACACACAGUGAGCAAGCCCAACACAGAGACAAUAGCAAAAAAAAAAAAAAAAAAAAAAAAACUUUUCCUCAGAAACGCAACCGAAACUGAAGAAUGAAUAAGGUGAGGCAGGCAAGGUGGAGCUACAUUUAAAGCAAACCAGGAGCAAGAGAUUUUGCUCCCUCCAUAACUGAAUGGUUUUGAUACUCAUUCCCGGGCAUUUUGAGAAGUUGGACAGUUUACUUUUUUUUUUACUUGCAUUUUAACCAAAAAUCUUGACACAUAAAAAAAAAAAAAAAGGCUUUCCAUUUCUACACGCAUAUGCAUUGUAUAAAAUGAGCUGCUUUUUUUCUUCUACGGGUGAUCAAUGGAACCCCUUACUGGAUAUGAUUAUUUCAGAUUUACAUCCACACACCAUAGUUGAAGAGCCUGCCUUCUUUCAUUUCUACAAGUCUUAUGAGUGAAAGGUUCCAAUAUCCACCAACAUCUACUGAUAUACUUGGAAAAAAUUGUUUUCCAAAACAAUACAAAUUGUGCAAAAAGGUCUAGAAAGUGUAGAUACUGUUGCAUUGUCUUCUGUAGUGUGGAACACCACAGCAAACAAAACAUAUAUGACAACCCUGUCACCUGAUUGAUAACAUGGACUCGGCGAUCGUAUGUUUUGGAAACCACACCUCUAACCGAAGAAUAUAAGCCCAGUAAUUUUGCUGGACAACUUCUGAAAAUAGCAGAUAAAUGGGAAAUUGGAAGCAAGAUUAAAGUGGUAGUGUCAAAUGAAGAUGGGAUAAAAAGAGACAUCAAAAAGGCAGGAUGGGGUUUCACCGACACUGGAUUUGGUCUUUAAGGAGAUACUUGAGGAGUCUUCUGACUGGAAAGAGCUGGUGCAAACAUGUUGGAAAAUAUCAAAAGUAUUUUUGUAAUAUUGAAGCACAAGGUUACCUCAAGAAGGCACAAAAAAGCUGCAGUUACCGCAACAUUACCUUGCUCAGUCCAAAAGUAAAAAAAAAAAUGGCUUUCUACACUAAAUAUGCUAGAAAGAAUUUCAGAACAGCAUGAGGCCAUAGGCCUAGUGCUAAAUGAAUUUAACGUUGACUUAUUAAGUGAGCAGAAAGAAAGAAAAUGACAGGUUGACAUUAAGUACCGCUCUUGACCUGAGAUGCUGAGACAUCGCCCUCUCUCUGAUAAGACUUUCAUCUACAUUAAGAAAACAAUAAUUGUUUAAAUGAAACACCUGGAUGAAGAGAAUCAAGGGAGAAGCUUUAGACAGCCAGACACUUUUGAUAAGGCUCUGAGGAGAUACUUGGAAAUGGAGAUGUUGCAGACCGACUGGGAUCCUCUUGCAUUUCGGAAUUUCCCAAAAGAUGAAGACUGGUACCUGAGUGAAGUUGCACGCAAAUACCUGGCUGUUGUGUCUACCGCGGUCCCGGCUGGCGUUGCCUUUGACAUGGAGAAAGCCAAACUCGUGGCCAGUCGAAGAAGAAGCUUGGAUCUAGAAAAUCUAAAUAUGAUGCAAUUUCUAAAUGGCAACUGUUUCUUCUCUUAACUCGUUAUUUAACAAAUGGGAAAAUGAUCAUAGCCUGUUUGUUGUAAAAGAUGAACAGUCACAAAACAUGACAUAUUAGCUAUUAUUGUCUACCAUGCUGACAGCAUAUCAGUUAAUAUAUAUUGUAAGGGGUAUAGUGGUUAAUUAAAAGAUUUUUGUAUUUAGGAAGUAUUUACUUUGUAUUAGCUAUUAUUGUCUAUCAUGCUAACAGCACAUCAACUAAUAUAUAUUUUAAGGGGUAUAAUGGUUAAGGUAUUUUUGCAUUUAGGGAGUUUUUACUUUGUCGAUUAAAUAGUCAAUAAUCAGUGAAAAUAUGUACAAUGUAUAUAUUAUUCAUGAAAAUGGCUUUGUCUGCACUUUCUGUGACUAAAAGUUUUGACAGAUUUUACACAAUCUCUUGACAAACCUGUAAAUAAACUUUGCAUUGAAUCCAUAUCUUAUUCUGCAAUUUAAAAAGGCAGCUUUUUUAUUUGUAUUGCAGAAUAAAAUAGAGAUCGUCUCUUAAAAAAUAUAAGCUGUACUUGUGGAAUAAUUAUUGACCACAAGAUGGCAGUGGGAACACAUUUAUGCCGUAGGCCUAGAAUGAAGCAUAUCAAAUAGAAUGUAAUACAUAUAACAUUUUUUAUUUUAUUUUUGUUACAUCAAUCUAUCCACGCAUUUAAAGUUACCUCAUGGUUUUCUUACCUUAUUGUUCAUGAUCACCUUCCGCUCCCCCGAUGUAUUUCCCAUGAAAAUCCUAAAAUAUUUCAAUCAGAAACCAUAUUAAAUGAUCGAUGCAGUCUU